GAAAGUCCUCUAGAACUGGCUUUUGGGAAAUGGAGUCCUCUAUGUAUCUCUAUGCUCCCUCAUGAGAACAAUGGGGCCGGAGUAAUUGUAUCACCUCUGGGUAAAACACUCGGGUUAGUAGACGAUUACACCACUCCUGUUACGAUAUAUCUACCUCGUUAAAGGUUUGCCUAUACAUGAGAGAAUUCUGUUUUCAUCGAGUGAAAAGCGCGCCAGACCGGUGCGUCAACUGCGAAGGAAAUAUCGAGUUGCAGUUCGUGACUGACAGCGGCAGCUGAAUCUUCUCAUGAGACCUGGGCGGCUAUGGUGGUGUCCCUGCAUAACCGAUGUGAGGAGCACACAUAGUUUUAGAAACUCGAUGACAGCACAACACUCUCUCCUGCGAGCUGCUGUCAUUCGGAAAGAGUACUGUCACUGGAGGUUGACCUUCGACUAGAAGACACAGUUGAGAAAAGGAAUUCCUUAGCCUAUAUAUUUCAUCAAGAUAAGAGGUAGCUAAUCUUCGUAAUCCAAAGCAAGUGGUUAGGGGGUGACUAGUAGGCUAUGGGAGCAUUAUGCUUUCCCGAAAAGGACUGAUCCCGGACGACUACUUGCUGACCCGCUUGGCUGAGGAUGUCCAGCAGCCUAAAUUCAAGGCGUCAAAAGCGCGGAAGGCUCGGUUCGUCGCCAAAAACGGAACCUGUAAUGUGGCCCACACGAACAUUCGCGAACAGGGACGGUUCCUACAGGAUGUUUUCACCACUUUAGUGGAUCUAAAAUGGCUUCACUUACUUAUCAUUUUCACUAUGUCAUUUCUGUGCAGCUGGCUGCUGUUUGCAAUGGUUUGGUGGCUCAUUGCCUUUGCGCACGGCGACCUGGAUCAAAAGGGCGACGACUUUGUCCCGUGCGUGACGGACAUCCACUCCUUCUCCUCUGCGUUUCUUUUCUCCAUAGAGGUACAGGUAACCAUCGGGUUCGGGGGGCGCAUGGUCACAGAGGAAUGCUUGUCUGCCAUAGUGGUCCUUAUCAUUCAGAACAUCGUGGGCUUGCUGAUUAACGCCAUAAUGCUGGGGUGUAUCUUUAUGAAGACGGCCCAGGCCAACCGGCGCGCCGAAACGCUGAUCUUCAGCAAGCACGCCGUCAUCUCCAUCCGAAAUAACAAACUGUGCUUUAUGAUCCGUUUAGGGGACCUGCGGAAGAGCAUGAUCAUUAGUGCCACCGUGCGGAUGCAGGUGGUAAGGCGCAGCACCACUUCGGAGGGCGACGUGGUCCCCCUGGACCAGAUAGACAUUCACAUGGACAACCCCGUGGGGACCAACGGUAUUUUCCUCGUGGUCCCUCUCAUCAUAUGCCACGUUAUUGACAAAGACAGCCCGCUCUACGAGCUAUCGCCAGCGGAUUUACAAAAUAAUGAUAUCGAAGUGGUAGUGGUGCUGGAGGGGGUGGUGGAGACCACGGGUAUAACCACCCAGGCCCGUACAUCAUACCUGUCUGAGGAGAUACUGUGGGGGCAGCGCUUUGUGCCCACUAUAUCCGAGGAGGAGGGCAUGUAUGCGGUGGACUAUUCUAAAUUCGGUAACACAGUUAGAGUAGUGACACCCAGCUGCAGUGCCAAGAAACUGGAUGAGAAGGGAGGCAUCGCCAGGUUUAAACUGCACGAGCACGCUACCCCGCGGCCGUCGGUGAGAAGGCGGCGGCUCUCACUGCGCAUGAAGCAAUACAGCACCAUCAGCCCACUAGCCUAAAUAGCCCACUUUUACAGGUAUAAAGGAGUUGCCAUUGCAUUUUGUAUAUGAAAGUAAUAGAUUUUUAUUACCUAUUGAAUUUUAAUGGAUCUUUUUGUAAUGCUACAGAAAUGAAAUGUUUAUUAUGUCCUAGCAGUGUUAUUAUUCUGUUCCAUGGUACCCAAAGGGUGUGCAGGCCUUUUUUCUUGCCCAGUCCUAACACCUGCUUCAACCAAGGAAGUGAUUAGCAGUAGCGUGCAUCAUGGGUAAAAAUCACUGCGGAAGCCAGAAAAAAAGAUCGAUAACCUGCUAGUUCAUAUGCCUUGCGACCGUGAUAUAGGCCUACGGAAAGGGGGAUACCUAGUCAGUUGUUCAACUGAAUGUAUUCAACUGAAAUAUGUCUUACGCAUUUAAACCAACCCCUCUGAAUCAGAGAGGCGAAGACAAUAAGAAGACAGUGGCAGAAUAAAUUCCACCACACCUUUGUUUCAUCACAAAACCUGGGGGCAACCUCUGUCGGGUGAAGUCUACAAGGCAUAUUUCACGUAACAAACAGUUACAUGAUCAUCGUCAAGAAAGGGAAUGUUUACGACUUUUUCGGACUACUAAACAACCAUGGAGAGUUAUUGCAAGUUGCAAAGAAAACAGGAGCUGCCUCCACUAUUCCAGCAACAUUUCAUCAUCAUCAAAUCACCUAUGCUUAGUCUAAUACAGUGACAACCAAAAACAAUUUAGUCCAAUCAACAUAAGAUACAUAUGAUGUGGCUGUCCAUGGUUCUGAUUUGUGUGUGUGCAAGCAGAAAACACAUGUUGGCUCAACCUACUUGUAGAGUAAUGGAGUACCAUAGUACGAGUCAUAAUAUCCAUAAAACCUAGCAGUCAAACAAGGAAAUGGUUCCAAUCGUUUUUCCACCAUACAUUUUUUCCCAUAGGGGAUUUUAGAAACACUUAAAAUAAGGGCUGUGCUUUGUGUAGGUUUCCCCAAGAGUGACAUUUUGAUAACUGUAAAUCUCUCUAGGACAAGGUGACUUUUAUCAAAAAAUGUGCCUGUAUUUACCCCACAAAAAUAAAAUACUAAUUAGCUGAUGUGUCUAUCAGAAAGAACUACAAAUGCAAUGAUCUGAACGAGACUACCGAAUCAAGGCAAAGAAUCUCUGGAUUAACUAUGUAAUGUUAGGUAAAUGUAGUAAUUAAUAAAUUGGCAAAAUGUCUUUAAAUUGACAAUUCUGUCAACUGUCUUGUGCAAAAGUUUUAAAUUGACACAAUACCUGUUAGUAAAACUGUCAACUAGAGGUGACAUGCAGGAUCCUGCAGGGAUUCUUGUUUGAGAAAUGAAUCUUUGCUAAGAAGCCAUUUUUGUUUCUUUUUGACUAUUUUAUAUGAAUAUAAUCACAGUAAGGUUGCUUACUUGUUAACCCAAAAUUUGAAAUCGAGAUAAAAAUGUCUGCACUGGAACUUAAAAUAAAUAGAAUGGUUAAAUUAGCAUUAUCUAGAGCCCCCAGAUAUUAUACUUUUGUUGCAUUUAAAGCUGCAAUAUGUAACUUUCACAUAGAAAUAUGAGUUAUAGAUCUGUUACUCAUUGAAAACAAUUCUAAGUGCAGUGCACCUUUAAUGGGGCUCACACACACACUCCCCCUUGUAAUUCAUACUCAGCUCUGGCCUAGAAUAAAAACCUUCACAGCCUUUGGGUAUAGUAAAGACCAGGAUCAAAGAACACUGUAUUUUGUAGCCUAAUAGCCACAUAGCCCUAUUAUAGACUGCAAAUGUGAAUGCGACAUUACCUGAAGCAUUAGGUGAUUUUAGAUGCCUGAAUGUCUUGUUUUAGCAAUCCCACAAUAUGCAUGUAUCAAAUACAUUCUUAAUCCAGGUCCUAAAUGAAAACAUAUGCACAUGUAUGACCGAAUGCAGUUUGAUAGAUUUAUAACAUUAUACAAAGUUAUGCAAGUACUGUAUCCAGUUCGGAGGCAGAGGCCAGUGUGUGUGUGUACUGGUACCCAAACCUCCCACUGAAGAACUAGCCUCCUGCAGGCUUUCCAUCUGGCACUGCAUUGAAACCAGUAGAACUGACACUGUGGCCCUCGAGGUCUUGAGCACUGUUGAUCUAUAUAAUGAUGCUCUUGUAUGGUAAAAAUCACUAUGGUUUUUGAUAGUGUUUAUGCAAAGCUUGACUUCGGCAAUAAAGAGGAAACGCCUGUUGAAAAGCACUUGA